AUCACAGCACCAGAGUCCUGCCACACAGACACACUGGAAACAGAUGAGGACACAACACUUUUCAGAUGUGCUCAGACUCGCAGCUCAGCCUCCAUUCCAAAAAGCCUCUGAGGCGAAACAAUGAAAGAGUAAAAACAGAUUUUGGAGAAACACAACGACAUGAACAUGUCUGCUGGGCACAAAGAGACGCCGCGAGACACUACAUGUCAAACUGGGACUGUUGUUUUUACCUCCAACCCUCUGAUGAGCGAUGUGGAAUCAGACUGGUCUCCAAUUCAUGACGCAGCCUUUAAUGGACGAGUUCUCGCUCUGCAAAGACUCAUUGCUCAGGGUAAAUGUGUCAAUCUGAACACACUGGACCGGGUCUCUCCUCUCCAUGGGGCAUGUGUACAGGGCCACGAGGCUUGUGCCAAACUUCUGAUGGAAAACGGGGCAGAUGUAAACAGAUUGACGGUGGAUGGAAAAUCUCCUCUGACAGAGGCCUGCGCCCGGGGUCACGUGACCUGCGUAUCAUUGCUCCUUCAGCACGGAGCGACCCCCGUGGGGACCAGCCACUCCAGCUCUCCAAUCCACCGGGCUGCAGCCAAAGGUCACCCAGAGUGCAUUGCUCCUCUCGUUCAGCACGGUGCAGAUGUGGAUCAGUGCAUUGAACAGUCGGGUUCCCCUCUGCACGUUGCAUGUUCCAAUCAGCACCCGGGUACUGUGAGGAAACUGCUGCAGCUCGGAGCCGGUGUGAACAACAGUGUGUCUGGUGACUCGCCCCUGCACAUCGCAGCUCGUCUGUCCGACCCGGAGCUGGUGUCUCUGCUGCUCGACCACGGGGCCGACCGCUCCCUCAGGAACCCAGAGGGCAAACGGCCGCUGGACCUCGCGCCUCCCAACAGCCUGGCAGAGAGGCUGCUGAGACAAGCAGGAGAAGUGUCUCCUCUAAUGCAGAUGUGCAGGCUGAACAUCAGGAGAGCUGUGGGCAAGCGAAGGCUGGGUGGGAUUCAUGACCUUCACCUCCCCACAGAACUGAAACACUAUCUCCUCUACCAUUAAGAACCCUGUGAAGAUUUCAUACACUGGAAAACCCAACACCUCAAGAUCGGAGCAGUUCACCUCUACGUCCAUAGGGGGCGGACUUGCACAGUCUUACAGUGAGAUGACUACAUCAUGGCUCAUAGUUGAGAUGGUCAUCGACUGUAAUUCUCCUUAGUGACAGACUCUGAUGAUAAAUAUGGACUUUAUCAUGGAGACUUAAAAGUCCUGCUGCAAGAUUUGAUCAUUGAAUAUUCAUAAACAAAAACGCAUGCGUAUAAGAAUAAGAAUAAGCUCAGGAGGCCAAACAAAGGCUGCAAAAUAAGCUAUAAAUAAUUCUUUUGAAUAUUACACAACACACUAUUAAGCUAAUGUUUUUUUUUUGUAAUGUCUGGCAAUAAAAGACUUAAUGUUU